AUGUUCGCUCGAGGGUUCUUUGGCCUCACAAAAAUCAACAAGCAAUGGCAGGUUGUGGACGAACAUGGAGAUGUUGUUGAUCAAGAUGACAACUCAAGUACUACUUCUGACUGGUCUUUGAUGCGAUUGGACUCUGAUUUCGGAUCAUGUGGUCAGUCUCGCUCCAUUUCUCCUGUGGCUUCCAGUCUGUCUAACACCUCUGACGAUGAUUCUACAUCUACCACCGAGGGAAUAGCUCCCACUGAGAGUCAUCGCUCCAGCCUUCCAAAUAGUAUGGACUCUCCUGUACGCCCUGAUCCGGCCGAUUGUUCAUCCGUACGGGCUUCUCGUGUUCAAUGCACGGCCGGCCAUUCAUCUCGCCUAGCAUAUCCACGUGGUACAUCAGCUACGCUGGCUUCGCUAUAUUCAAAGCCGGAUUAUCCUGAUCCAGUGGAGUCUCGCCAUUCUUCCGCAAGAUGGAACGCAGCGGUUCAUGCUAAUCGUCGUCGAUCUCAUCGGACUAACCAAAAUGUGGACGCUCAACGCGCGAAAUGUUUGCGCAGAGGUCCCAAGAUCAAUUCCGGCUUUCAGCGCAGACAAGUUUCACUCAUGGCAGGUGGCCAAUUGCCUCAGGGUCGCAAUUUCACGACGCUGAAAAGUUAG